AUGGCAUGGAGCAACAAUGUGUACAAAAGUGUCGAGCAUCGUGUCGUGGCAAACCCGUUACACGAGAGAUUCUCCACAGCGUACUUCUUUUGCCCAUCUUACGACACUCUUAUCCAGAGCGAAAUCGAGCCUCGCGUCUAUAGAAGCUUUAGCUUCGGCGAGUACAGAAAGCAGGUCCAAGAAGAUGUUAAGGUUGGAGGAACCACCGACAAUAUAGAAGAAACUUGUGCAACCUUUGCUACUCGUGCCUUAGGGUUAGAAGUGCCCUUGAGGACUACCCAUCAGAUUGAUAAUUGCAGUGAAGGAUGUGUAGUGUUUGCUAGAACGAAGGAGUACUGCUCUGUUUUCCAUGGAAAAAUAAGGGAAAAGAAGGUCAAGAAGCUUUAUCUUGCUCUGGUGUCUGCGCCUGUGCCAAUUGGGGUAAUUGCUCACUACAUGCGUCCGGUUAAUAUCGCGCCCCGUCUUGUUUCCGAAGUUUUCAACAAAGGUUGGCAAUUAUGCCAACUUGAGGUCCUAGAAUGCAAAAAAGUGCCGUGGCCAGACCGCAUUACUGAAGAGAAGAAUGGGAUUGAGGAUUGUGGAUGGCCUUCUAAAGAUUUCGCAUACGAGUGUAAAAUCAAUCUCCUCACGGGACGGACACAUCAGAUUCGAGCACAACUGGCUGCUUGUGGGGCUCCCUUAGUGGGUGACUCGAUGUAUAUGCCAGCUGCCAUUGCUGAGGCUAACUGCCCGGGAUUGAACCCGUUUGGCAAGCACAACCAAAACAAGUAUGAUGAAGACGACGAGGCUAAAUCACUAGCUGUCGAAGAAUGGAUUGCCUGUCAUGGCAAGGAGCCGACUGUUGCUAUUGGCCUUCAAGCGUGUUAUAUAUCAUGGGAUGAUAACGGGCCCCACACUUACGAGGCUGGUUCACCAUGGUGGAGGCAAGAAACAAGAAACUUUAAUCAUUUUUUACUAGUCUCUAUCUCCCUCUACCUCUCGUAUUUUUUUUCUUCCCGUCGGCCAACUGGAGCAGCACCCUGUGACGUACGCAGCCGCGAGCAGCCAUCUCGCAGUGCUGUUUCACCAUAUUUUUUGGUGAGUUCCCUCCGGCAAGAAGCAGGCCCUCAACACGAACACCCCGCCGGCGAGACUAGCAACGCAACCUAG